AGACUGAUGAUAAAUGAUCUUGUGCUGGUAACAAUGGCACAUGCUCUUCCACUGCAACAUGAGGAAAGCCAGCCUACCUCAGAGGUGUGGCUAUGAAUGACAUUUAAAGAGAAACACCGAUGUCAGCGUUAUUAGCUCCCUGAGCACACCAGAGAGAGGAAAACCAGUUGUAAAACAACUUUAUUUAGCUUUUGUUGUGAUAUCUAUUUAAUUUCUUUACAUGACUAUGUGCGGCAAUGAAGAAGUGGAAUACAUGGACACAUCAGACACCACAUUGUGUUGGUAUUACCUGGCAGACUGUGGAAGGUGGCACAGAUUUGAGGAUGACCCCGAUAACCCCCUGAGAAGUGAGGAUAUUGAAAAUGAUUACAUAAGAAACUCAAAAGUGGUGUUAAAUACACAUUCACUCAACUGCCACAGCAAGAUCGAUUUUGCAGCAAUGUUACAGACUGACAAUGCAACAGGAAGGCAAAGAAGAAUCCAGCGGGGCUACAACAUUGAGAGAAGUUGCUCUUGCUUCAGUGCUCCUCCUGUCUUUUGGGAAAAGGUUGACCCCACUUGUCCAUACCAGUUAAUUGCUCUGAGUGAACUCUGCCCUGAGUAUCAGACUGUGGCAGGUUAUAUAAAGACCGAAGGGCUGUUGAGCAAAUCCAUUGUAUCAAUCAGCAGGAUACAGAAUUUCGACCUAUGGGACAUAUAUUGUCGGAAAAAGAAACAGUUAAUGAGAAUCCAAGGUGUCAAAGAAAUUCAGGAGAGAAGACUCUUUCAUGGGACCAAAAUCAAAAAUGUUGACAGCAUUUGCAAGUAUAACUUUGAUUUAGGAUUAUCUGGAGAACAUGGCAACUUGUAUGGCAGAGGAAUAUAUUUUGCAAGACAUGCAUCAUAUGCAGACAAAUACAGCACGGCCAGCAGGGAUCCAUUGCCGCUGUAUGGCAGGGAAACGCGAGGUCUACAGGGGGAAAAUACUAAGAUAAUAUUUUUGGCUCGGGUGAUAAUCGGAAAAUCAACUUUUGGACAAUCUCAUUUCCAAAAACCUGAUCAUGGAAGUUCUGAAAAUUUUCAUCACAGCUGUGUGGAUAAUAUCAAACAUCCUAAAAUCUUUGUUGUUUUUGAUCCAAAUCAAAUAUAUCCAGAGUAUUUGAUUCAGUACAGAUGAAGUCAAGAGAGGAUCUUGAGGAUGUGCAAUAUCAACAACUCUAUCAUCUCUUUAUCAACAUGUCUACCUUACACUGUCUGGGUGAAAAACUUUCCAGCAUACAGUAACUUUUGAUGGCUUCAAAAAUAUUUUUACAAAACUUUUUUUACAACAUUUUUAAAAGGAGCUAGAAUCUGCAUUAAUGUGAAUGACAUACGUUCAGCUAUCAUGAAAACGAUAUGGUCCGACGAAGUGUAGUUUUUAAAAUGCAUUAUUACAGGUUGACUUUUGUCACAUUUGUUUACAAUAAGAUAACAUUCAUGACCACAUUUCGCAGAUUUCUCUUUGAUCCUGAAACAGAGGAGCUUCAUAAAUAAAUUAGCUGUCACAACCAA